AUGCGGUCACACUACCUAUUACAAGAGGAUAAAUUGACGGAAUCAGUAGAACUUUUGAUUGUGCACAAGCUAAUUCAACUCGCUGAUGAACUGGAAAGUAAUAUCUUCACCACUGGAUCACUCCCUACUGCAGCCCAUCAAUCUGGUGCGCUACCCCAUCACGAUGCCGUAAAUCAGACAUCCAAUUGCUCGAAAGCGCAUCGGAUAAGAAAGUCGUUAUUAGUUGGCUUUGGAUUAUUAUUUGGAAUGCUGGUUGUCAAAAAUGUGCUACGACGCGUGUGAAUUCCCAACGCCGGAGUGAAGACAUCAUCGAGUUUCGAGCGAUCGGUUGAUUGUAUGGCGCAUCGACAAUUUGGCCGGACGAGACAAACAACAGCUACAGCGACCGAUAACUUUUAUAACGGAACGGAGCAUUUCAGUCGGAUGGUCCGCAGCUGGUUUCGAAAGAA